CACGUGUGUGUGCCCGUUCUAUAUAUACGGCGCGUGCUCGCGCACGCGCGCGAGAGAAAGUCUCACCUAGCAGCAGCAGCUCGAGCCGCGUCAGUCUGCAUGUGGGCUCGAGCCGGGAGCCGAAGCAUCCGCGAGCUGCAAACUGCGCAGGGAUGUGGCGCACACCGCCUCACCGCCGACAUAUCACGGUUAAAGUCGCCGUUGAGAUAACCGUUGGUGGUGUUUUGGGGGGAAGCAAUGGCGGCUCCACUCGCCUGACUUAAGAGGAGGUGCGCACUUUUUUUCUUCCUCUUUGGCCCCCCCAAAAAAAGACCAAAAAAAAUACCCUUUUGUUUUUUUUUGUUCUCUCUUCCGAUCGACGGUAAAAAAAAUUUUUUAAAAAAAGGAGCCAUGACGUCGGGGCAGGAUGAGAGCUCGGUCCGGGUGGCGCUGAGGAUUCGUCCUCAGCUGGCCAGGGAGAAGAUAGAGGGAUGUCACAUCUGUACCUACGUGAUGCCCGGGGAGCCUCAGGUGAUCCUGGGCAAAGACAAGUCCUUCACCUACGACUACAUGUUCGACAUGGACUCCCAGCAGGAAGCCAUCUACUCCAGCUGCACGGAGAAGCUGAUCGAGGGCUGCUUCGAGGGCUACAACGCCACCGUCUUUGCGUACGGACAGACGGGUUCGGGGAAGACCUACACCAUGGGGACGGGCUUCGACGUCAACAUCGGCGAGGAGGAGCUGGGCAUCAUCCCGCGCGCCGUCCACCACCUCUACAAGGGCAUCGAGCAGCGCCGACAGGCCGCCCAGGAGCAGGGGAGCCCCGCCCCCGAGUUCAAGAUCAACGCCCAGUUCCUCGAGCUUUAUAAUGAGGAGGUUCUGGACCUGUUCGACUCCACGCGAGACAAGGAUCAGAAAUCUCACAUCAAGAUCCACGAGGACACCGCCGGGGGAAUCUACACGGUGGGGGUGACCACCCGGACCGUGUCCUCCGAGGCCGAGAUGAUGCAGUGCCUGAAGCUCGGGGCUCUGUCUCGCACCACCGCCAGCACGCAGAUGAAUGUCCAGAGCUCUCGAUCCCACGCCAUCUUCACCAUCCACCUGUGCCAAGUUCGCGUCUGUGCCUCCGACAAUCAAGAAAGUGAGAGCGACAACAGGGUCUCCAACGGAAACUCUGAGAUGGACGAGUACGAGACGCUGACGGCCAAGUUUCACUUUGUGGAUCUGGCCGGAUCCGAGAGGCUGAAGAGAACCGGAGCAACGGGCGAUCGAGCCAAAGAGGGCAUCUCCAUCAACUGUGGGCUGCUCGCUCUGGGGAACGUAAUCAGCGCUCUGGGCGACCGCAGCAAGCGGUCCUCUCACGUGCCUUACAGAGACUCCAAACUCACCCGACUCCUGCAGGACUCUUUAGGAGGAAACAGCCAAACGGUGAUGAUCGCCUGCAUCAGCCCGUCCGACCGGGACUUCAUGGAGACGCUGAACGCGCUGAAGUACGCCAACCGAGCCCGGAACAUCAAGAACAAGGUGAUGGUGAACCAGGACAAGGCCAGCCAGCAGAUCAGCGUUCUGCGGACGGAGAUCGCUCGCCUGCAGAUCGAGCUGAUGGAGUACAAGACGGGUAAACGGCUGUCGGGCGAGGACGGCGUGGAGAGCUUCAGCGACAUGUUCCACGAGAACUCCAUGCUGCAGACGGAGAACGGCAACCUGAGGGUGAGGGUGAAGGCCAUGCAGGAGACCAUCGACGCGCAGAGGGCGCGGCUCACCCAGGUGCUCAGCGACCAGGCCAACCAGGUGCUGGCCAGGGCAGGUGAAGAUGCGUCUGAAGAAAUUGGAAACAUGAUUCAAAGUUACAUCAAAGAGAUUGAAGAACUCAGAGCCAAACUCCUGGAGAGCGAAGCUGUAAACGAGAAUCUGAGGAAGAAUCUGUCUCGUGCCUCCAACCGUCAGUCGCUGUACGGAGCGCCGUCGCUGCUGGCGCCCGAGAAGGAGACUUCUGACAUCAUCGAGCUCGCCAAGAAGGACCUGGAGAAGCUGAAGAAACGAGAGAAGAAGAAAAAGAAAAGCGCCAACAAGGAGGAGGUUCCCGACAACGAGCAGGAGAAGGAAGCCGCGGAGCGAGUCCACGAGGAAGCGGAAAUCGAGGUCCAUGAAGGCAGCGACCACGAGGAAGGAGAAGAGGAAGAGGAGGAGGACGAAGAGGAGAUGGACGUGGAGGAGAGCUCCGACGAUUCGGACUCUGAGACGGAUGAAAAAGAGAACUUCCAGGCCGACCUGGCCAACAUCACCUGCGAGAUCGCCAUCAAGCAGAAGCUGAUCGACGAGCUGGAGAACAGCCAGCGGCGCCUGCACACGCUGAAGCAGCAGUACGAACAGAAGCUGAUGAUGCUGCAGUGCAAGAUCAGGGACACGCAGCUGGAGAGGGACCGCGUCCUGCAGAACAUGAACACGGUCGAAACCGGCACGGACGACAAGUCGCGCAAGAUCAAGGCCGAGUACGAGAAGAAGCUGAGCGUCAUGAACAAGGAGCUCCAGAAGCUCCAGUCGGCGCAGAAGGAGCACGCCCGCCUGCUGAAGAACCAAUCGCAGUACGAGAAGCAGCUUAGGAAGCUGCAGAUGGACGUGGCGGAGAUGAAGAAGACGAAGGUCCGCCUCAUGAAGCAGAUGAAGGAGCAGCAGGAGAAGAACAGGAUGAACGAGUCUCGCAGAAACCGAGAAAUCGCGUCGUUGAAGAAAGACCAGCGGAAGCAAGAGCACCAACUGAAGUUACUGGAGGCUCAGAAACGGCAGCAGGAGCUUAUUCUGAGGAGGAAGACCGAGGAGGUGACGGCUCUGAGGAGGCAGGCCCGGCCCAGCUCCGGUAAGGUUGUCAGGAAAGAGCCGGCGCAGGACUCCAGCUACAGACCUCCAUCUGGACGCUUGUACUCCUCCGGCAACGCCGCUCCCAACGGCACCCGGUCCUCCUACAGGCGCACAGUUGGUAUUUACUCCACCAGAAUCGCACGCAAUAAAUGGCAGUCUCUGGAGCGCCGGAUCACGGACGUCAUCAUGCAGAGGAUGACCAUCUCCAACAUGGAGGCCGACAUGAACCGCCUCCUCAAGCAACGAGAGGAGCUGACCAAGCGUAAAGAGAAGGUCAUCAGGAAGAGGGACCGUCUGUUCAGGGAGGGGCCCGAGGCUGAGAAGGCAGCGAUUCCCCACAACGAGGAAGUGGACGCUCUGACGGCCAACAUCGACUACAUCAACGACGGCAUCGCAGACUGUCAGGCCAACAUCAUGCAGAUGGAGGAGACCAAGGAGGAAGGCGACACGGUGGACAUUUCCGCCGUGGUUAGUUCCUGCACGCUGACGGAAGCUCGCUUCCUGUUGGAUCACUUCAUGUUGAUGGCCAUCAACAAGGGUCUCCAGGCGGCCCAGAAGGAGUCUCAGGUGAAGGUGAUGGAGGGCCGGCUGAAGCAGACGGAGAUCACCAGCGCCACGCAGAACCAGCUGCUCUUCCACAUGCUGAAGGAGAAGGCCGAGUUCAACCCGGAGCUGGACGCCCUGCUGGGGAACGCGCUGCAAGAAAAUGGAGAUGAUAGCAGCAGUGAUGAGUCUGCUCAGAGCCCUUCUGCAGAGGGAAACACCUUGACGUCAGAUCUCAUGAAACUCUGCGGGGAGACCAAAACAAGAAAUAAGGCCCGUAGGAGGACCACCACUCAGAUGGAGUUGCUGUACGCCAACAGCGACUCCGCCCCCGACGCGUCCUCCGCGGCGGACUUCUCCGGUCCGAUGCUGCCGUUGGCCGAGAUGCCGGACGGGGGAGGAGACGUGGACCAGUCAGGCUCAUCAGUCAGGGACUACGCAGCUCUCUCCCCCGGCUUUUCCUCUAAAAUGGGCAGCAUGGGAGUCAUUAACCCGGUGCCACCCACUAAAAGCAGUCGCUCGGCGACGUUGCAGUGCGUCCACGUGGCGGAGGGACACAGUAAAGCCGUUCUCUGCGUCGACUGCACCGACGACCUUCUCUUCACCGGAUCCAAAGACCGGACCUGUAAGGUGUGGAAUCUGGUGACGGGUCAGGAGAUAAUGUCCCUGGCCGGUCACCCCAACAACGUGGUGUCGGUCCGCUACAGCUCCAGCUUGGUCUUCACCGUCUCCACCUCCUACAUCAAAGUCUGGGACAUUCGGGACUCGGCCAAGUGCAUCCGAAUGCUAACGUCCUCCGGUCAGGUUAAUGUCGGGGACGUCUGUGCGUCAAACACCAGCCGGACGGUCACCAUCCCAGCGGGAGAGAACCAGAUCAACCAGAUUGCUCUCAACCCCAACGGGAUGGUUCUGUACGCCGCCGCCGGGAACUCUGUGAGAGUCUGGGAUCUGAGAAGAUUUGCAUCCACGGGGAAGCUUACCGGUCACCUCGGUCCCGUGAUGUGUCUGACUGUGGAUCAGUCUGUAAACAACCAGGACCUGGUGAUCACCGGGUCCAAGGACCACUACAUCAAGCUGUUCGACGUGACCGAGGGCGCUCUGGGGAGCAUCGGCCCCACACACAACUUUGAACCGCCCCACUACGACGGCAUCGAGUCCCUGGUGGUCCAGGGGGACAUCUUGUUCAGCGGCUCUCGAGACAACGGCAUCAAGAAGUGGGACCUGGGCCGCAAAGACCUCCUGCAGCAAGUCCCGAACGCCCACCGUGACUGGGUUUGCGCGCUGGGCGUCGUCCCCGGGUCCCCGGCCCUGCUGAGCGGCUGCAGAGGAGGGGUGCUCAAGCUGUGGCACACGGACACGCUGGGGACCCUCGGCGAACUGAAGGGCCACGAGAGCCCCAUCAACGGCAUCGCCACCAACAGCAGCCACCUGUUCACCGCCUCCGAUGACCGGACCGUGAAGAUCUGGCGCGCUCGCGGUGGGCUGGACAGCACUUUGGAGACGGCCGACAAUGCGGACGAGGUGGCCAGCAACUGAACGCUUCCCCCCCCCCCCCCCCCCCCCCCCACCCCCCCCUCCUAAAAACACACGUACCUUCUUCACCUGCGAUGUAACCUUUGGGCCUGACGGACAGGAACGUAGUUUCAUCUCAACAGAAAAAACUAGCACGCUCUCAUUCGCUGCUUGGACUCUCGAGAGGGUCGCGCUGAUGCGUUUCAAUUAAACCGUAUUGUUUGUGGGUUUUUUUUUUUCUUCUCUUUUGCACUGAAGACGAUGCGUCGCCGUGGUGAUGAGAACUGAGAAGAGGCUUAAGAGUAGAACACUGAGUGAUGACGUCUGUGGAGCGUCGGAGGAGAACAGUGAGGCAGAGCUAGCGGGUUGGCAGCUGGUCUUCCCAACCCAGUUCUCCAGUUUGGAUGGUUUCCCAUGCUCUCCCCCCCCCCCCCCCUCCCCACAAUAACAAAAGUGGCUUUACUGUAUGUGAAAAAGACAAAUCACUGUAGCCCCUUAACUUCCCUUCUGCUGUGCGCCUCAAUUUCUAUAUAGCGACCUAAACGUGUGCGUCUUUGCUGCACAGUAACGGCCUCACUGUCGAGCAAUGGUCCACCUUUGGAGAGAUACCUUUAUAUGUUGUUGUUUUUGCUGGGAAUUCGUUGGUUAGCUUAGCAUAAAAGCUGGAAAAAGGGGGGGGGGGGGAGACAAUGCAACUUCCAGCACCUCCACAGCUCACGAAUCACUAACUAAUCUCCACUAAAACCAAAAGGUAGAAAAUACAAUUCAUGCCCGACUAUUUCGUGGCAGUAACUUUUAUUUUUAAUUUGACUUUGGAUUUUACUCGGGUGGAGAGGGUUAAAACAUAAUAUUUAGUAUUAUUAUUCAUGGAACUCGAGAAGGCAAUCAUUUUUUACUAUUUUAAGUUGUCUGAAAUGUUAUGUUUUAAAAAUGCAAAUGAGGCAUGUUAAUUAAAUAAAUGCGAAAUUUCCUUUUCAUUUACAAAAUUGCCGCACAAAAAAAAGCCUGAAAUAAACAUUCUGGUUUCAUUAUGUUUACAUAUUGGAAGUCAAAGGUUUUUACGGAAGUGGAGAUUCCCCCCCCCCCCCCCCCCCCCUUCUUCUAGUCUUAAUGCUAAGCUAACUAGCUGCAGAUGUUUUGAUCUUGUCAUGUAAGCGAAUACGUGUCAACCUAAUCCUGUAACUCUUGAGCACUUGUCUCUGCCAUGCACUUAAACUUUGGUAAAUGUGAGCGGCUCCAGCGGUCGGAGGAUAUUCUGCUCGUCGUUCACGCGUCACCGUUUGUUUUUAAACACUCACUGAAUCUUCACGACUCGUCGUCUUAACUCUCGUGCUGCUAAGUCGUGCGCUCGCCUUCCUCUCGACCCGACAAGAGGGCUUCUUUGUUCACGGACUCCGGAGUGAGAUCCAGCUUCUUCUUCUUCUUUUUUUUUUUUUUUAGGCGAGGAGAGCCUGACCCCGGGUCCCGGAUUCUCGUGGGGCCUUUUUUUUUCGUGGAGACACUCGCGGUCUCUCCGCCGGCUGUCGUCGGCAUUAUUCAAGUACAAAUCUAAUGUAUGUAAACGAUGUAUUUGAAAACCCCGAAAAAGUCUGACUGAAUGUUAGUUUUUGUGGGACCACAAGAGGUUCCGGAGAGGACCGGAAGACCGCCGAGCUUUGAAGCUUUCGCUCGGAGCUUCUCCUCCAAUGAGGUGGCCCAUUUGUGUUUCGUGGCCUCUGGCUGGUUUUUGUUUAUUUGUUUUCCCUUUUUUUUGUUUUGUUUUUGUCACGCUGUCCCCGUUCCACAUAUCCUGGACGUUCCCACUCCGGAGUUGUAGUAGCCAUUCCCAAAUGGAGGACUCUGUAGCGAUUCUAAUGUCGGAUGCCUCGGUGAGAAUAAACGCCAUCUGGCAAAAAACAA